GUGGCAACGGCGGUGCGGAGAGCACACAGCCGGCCCUGCGCUGCGCCGCGCCGCUCAGCGCCGCUCGGGAAGCCCAUGCGGGGCCCAUGCUGCCCGGGGCACGCUCAUGAGGCCUCUGCGGUGCGGGAAGAGGAAGACCCGAAGCAUCUCCCUGGGGCUCUUCGCCCUCUGCCUGGCCGCAGCCCACUGUCUGCAGAGUCAGGGUGUGUCGCUGUACAUUCCCCAGUCCACCAUCAAUGCCACAGUCGAAGAAGACAUCCUGCUCUCAGUUGACUACUCCUGCCAUGGGGUGCCCACCAUCGAAUGGAAGUACACAUCCAACUGGGGUGUGCAAAAGAUUGUGGAAUGGAAACCAGGGACUCAGGCCAACAUCUCCCAAAGCCACAAGGACCGAGUCUGCACCUUUGACAAUGGCUCCAUCCAACUCUUCAGUGUGGGAGUAAGGGAUUCAGGCUACUACAUCAUCACCGUGACAGAGCGCCUGGGGAGCAGCCAGUUUGGCACCAUUGUCCUGCAUGUGUCUGAGAUCCUGUAUGAAGACCUCCACUUUGUCGCCGUGUUCCUUGCUUUACUAGCUGCUGUGGCCGCAGUGUUAAUCAGCCUCAUGUGGGUUUGUAACAAGUGUUCAUAUAAAUUCCAGAGGAAGAGAAGACAUAAACUUAAAGAAAGCGCAACUGAGGAGAUUGAGCUACAAGAUGUUGAAUGCUAGUCAAGGCUGGGCCUAGUUACAUUUCUUCUACCUCAAGAGGAAAACAUUGUUUUCUAAACAAAGGAACAAAUACAUCAUGCAAUCCACUCUACAGUCUUCUGUGUUCCUGCCAUGCAACCCAUUCCUGAUGGGGCAACCAGAAAGUAACACAACAGAUUGCAUGAAGUUGAAGUUUACAGCUUGGACAGAUUCAGUCCUUGGACUCCAAGAAGAGUGACUAAGGCUUUGAGCCAGGAACUUUGCUUGCUUGCAGCUUCAGGGCCUUGCUGACCCAUAACCAAUGACAAGGAGCAGGCACUGACCAGCUUACAGUGCUCACUCUGGCCCCAGGCAUGAUCUAUUGGAGGAAUCCCUGUGUUAGGGGUCAGAGUAUCUCCAGAUUGGCUGACGUGCAGCCAGCAUUGGAACGUGCUUUCUGUGCCUUUGUGUUUAUGUCUGCUCUGGAAACUGCUGCACCCACCAACCUCCUAUUUUGUACACCAUAAGCACUGCUUUGAGAGCUAUUGUGAGAAAAUCUGAGGCUUUCAGACAUUCUGCCGCCUCAGAGACAGAGGUAAAAAGAGUCUGAGGGGGUGCUAUUAUGCUGCACUGAGCUGCUCAGAGGUGAAGCCCUGUGGCUUAGAGCCUUAAGGAGAGGAGCUCGAUGCACUUCUGAGGGACCAGCUUUGGAUACAGGAAACAGAGAGAAUAUUUUUUCUCUUCCUCUGACAUUCCAAAAUGAAUUGGGUUUUCUCUCUCAUGGUCCAAUUAGGUCAGUGUGAGAGAAAAUAAGGCUCAUUUUCACUAUGGGCAGCCUUGGACUUCUUGGCAAGCUAGGUAAUGCCAUCUGCAUGAAAGUCGAACCUGCAUCAUGGGUAGCAUAACUGGGAAAGCAGUGAUCCUCAGGCUUCAGAUCUGUCACUUUCAGUCACAAACACUUCAUGUCUCCAGUCAAGUCUCCAGUCAAACCCUUGUUCUCUUUUCCUACUUGGGCUGAGGAACACUUGGCCCCUACCUACCUCAUAGUUCAGAUAUCAAAAGAAGCCCACAGAGUACCUAGGACACUCUAAGCAGUUUAAGCAAAGCAUGAGAAUCCUUCAAGGAUCUGGAAAGCUCUACUGGAAAAUGCUAUACUGUGUAUUAGAAAUUGAAAUGCUUUGAAGUACCGGGGUUCCAGCUGAUCUUGGGGGUUGGAACAUAGCUGGCCUUCAUCCUUAAUCUCGCCAGUUUUUGGUGAUGUUUUCCUGAAAAAAUUUUCCAUCCCCACUUCCAUUUGGCAAGCUCCAAAAUCAGGCAUGAGUUGGGCAUGGUAGUACAUGCCUAGUAAUCCCAGCUGUUUGGGAGUUUCAGGCAAGAGGAUCUCAAAUUUGAGGCCAGCCUCAGCAACUUAGCAAGUCCCUGUCUCAA